AUGGCGCAUCAAAACGGUCAACAGGCAUACUAUGGCCAGGCCAACAAUCUUUCGAGCUCCCAGCCAGCUUCCGGUCGCUAUGAAGGUUACGCGCCUCAGCAAAAUCCCACCUCGAACCAGCAUCUACCGAGACGAAUGCCCAGUUACAAUGCCGGAGAUGACUCGACGCUUUUCAACGCCGCUCGGCUCUCCAAUUCUCGAGCGACCGAUACAAACGCGCGGUAUCCGGCAAGCAGCGGUGGAUAUACGGGCAAUGUUGGACAAGGGGGCUACGGUGCUGCCCAAGGGGAAUAUGAUGACGAUAGAGGUGCUGGAUUCUCACACGCGGCAGCUAUGUCGCCCACUCGUGCUGCGUCGCACAGCACAGGCUCGGCCGGUUACCCGUACCAGAACCCGUCCGCGAUCCCGACGCAACGCAUAUACAAUCCCCAGCAGUACGGCCUGCCGCAAUCGCAGACACAGCCAAACCUGAGCUACAAUCCCUCGAAUUAUAACGCCCCGUACGUGAGUCCCGUGUCAGCUCAUCAGCCCUAUAAUCCGGCGGCGUACCAGCCUUCUGCAGUCGCUAGCCUUGCGUCUCCAACUUUGCCACGACGGCCAAGCGACGCAUCGCCAUACAGCCAGACACCUCCGACUCCGUCGUACGGCUUAUCAUCACAGCAACCACCAGUGCCUCCGCCUCGCGGACCCGAUCAUCCUUACGGAGGACGUUCGUACGGAUCAUCGCCAGCCACUUUGAGUCAGCGGACUGGGAGCACCGCUUCCACGUAUCGGCCGACUCCCUCCCCGUCAACAACUGGAUACGUGACCUCGAAUUCACCGUCUAGUGCCUAUAUGCCCCAAUCUGCCACGCGGCCAUACUUCCCCGCGUCUCAUGGUUUUGGGACCGACUCGCCAUACCCCUCUGUCACGAUUCCGCCAAUAAACCCUGACUUUGACGACCGGCCUCCUGCGCCACCAGUACAUCAGUCGCAGGGAAACGGGCUUUACGGAAAUCGGCCAAGUGUGUCUCAUUCGUCAUCUCGGCGGUCUCUUCCCACUCCCCCAGUGCAGCAAGACUUACCUGUUCUACCUCCGAGACGAACGGACACAUUGACUCGACAUCCACAGGCACGACCUUUACCUGGACCACCCGUUGAUGACACGCCCGAUGUUACUGGGCCGUCUCCAUCUCCCGGCCUCAAUGAUUCCUAUGAAAAUGACGAGUUGAUUAAAGAAAUUGAGUCAGCGGUAAUGGAUACGCAAGCUUCAUUUACUGCACGACGUCACAGCUCCAGGGCAUCUCAUAGCGGCUCUGCUUCAAAUUUGCUUCUGUCACCAGACGAACAACACACUCAUACCAACGGCAACAUGGCCACUGGGACUGGUCAAUAUGUCAACUAUGACGCCUAUAGUGACGAUAGCGAGGCGGAAGCCGAGGCUGGGCUUGCCAUGUUGCGUAUGGCGGAAGAGGAGGAUAGAGCUCACCAAGACCGAGAGCGUCUUCAACAACAUGGCCGCCCUCGGCGAGAAACUAACGCAUCUAUCCGUAGCACUCGCUCUCAGGGGUCUCGCGUGUCGCCAAGAGGCCCCUCUCCGAGAGGCCUUUCGCCGAACUCAAAUCCUCAAGAGGACGGUGACUUUGUGGGGCACGAUCUGGCUCUUUACGAAGGAGGCUAUCAAGGAAAUCUCCAUUAUGGUGACCAGCCGAAUUGUGAAGAGUACUCAGAUCAAGCCACGGGGGGCGGUUUUUCGAAGGCUCAUGGCUCUUUCAGAAGUUCCGAUAUUUCCCCCGAUGAACGAGGUGAUUACCCGGACGAAUACGAGCAUCCUGCCAUUGCGUACGAAUACGCCAGUCGCUUUCAUCGCCUGCCACCUGAUGCGCGGGUGGACGCUGGUGGCACCGGCGGAUUCUCGGCACCAGGGAAUUAUGAUCGGCGGAUGAGCUUCGACUAUGGUGAAGAUGGAGACAGCCCAUAUGAACAUCAUCUGGACGGAGAUCGGUCCGACGACGAAAGCCCACACCGGGCCGCGCAUGAAGAUCUUUUCUUCCAUCCAGGCAUGCGCCCGUUGCCCCCAGCGCCCGUUGAGCCCGCGAACCAAGAGCUUUUCACACAUUUGAUGCCCGCCGGCACGUAUAGACAUCCGGAGCAGGACGAAUCGCAGGGCCAUGAUCAGUAUAGACAACCCUCCUUACCAGCGUCUGCGGACUCAUACGGAGACACAUUACUCAGUCCCUCUCAGGUCCCGCGGUCGUCGUCCCUGUCGACGCCCAUGGGACCUCGUACUGAUCCACCUAUCAGAUCCAAGACCGAAGCGGACCGCCUGAGGAACAAGCAGGAACAGGAGUUUCUGUGGCAGCUUAAGCAGAAGGAACUUCCCAAAAUUGAUCCAGCCGAAGCGGCCGCUUCGAUGGCUCUGGAUCUGCCCACGAUUCCCGCAGGGCGCCGCAAGAAGUUCAAUCCCGCGAAACUAUCGUCGGACCAGUUCAAGAAGUGUACUGAACCGUGGGCUCUUAGCUCCAUUCUGGCUUGGAUUCGAGACUUGAGCGAGGAUGAAACCGAUCUCAGGAUGUCCGCUAUUGUUGAUGCGAUUGUGGCGCUGUUCACACAUAAGGUUCCAACUAUGAACACUACCGAAGCCGAAACCCUCGCUGCUCGUGUUGUCAACAGUAUGUUCCAGGAGGAAGCACUUGUUAAGGAAGAGGAGUGGGUCAGAUUAGGCAAUGGAACACUUUCGGGUGUCCUCUUUCAGAUCACUGGUACUGGGUGCUACUCGUCGAAUCUCCACGAGGAGGAGCUGCACAUUCAGGACACCGAUUCCUAUUGCCGGUGCUAUUCUUAUCACUGCAUGAGAACCCUGAAGAAGGUGAAUCUGAAGGCGCAGAUGAUGGCACCACAGAAGAAGAUGGAGGAUUGGGUGACUUUCUACAACGUGCCAAAAGAAGUGUGGGAGUCCCAUCCAAAGAAGGAGGUCGAUCGGCAGAAUAAUUUGCAUGAGAUUGUGACCACGGAAGAUGCCUAUAUUGGACAACUGGACGUCUUACGGGAACUCUACCGUGACCAGCUUGCUGCCAUGAAUCCUCCCAUCAUCCCAGCCAAGCGACUAACCAAAUUCCUGUCUGAUGUCUUUGGCAAAGUCGAUGCGGUCAAACGGGUCAACGAGGACUUCCUCCUGGCGCAGCUCAAAUACCGCCAGAAGGAGCAAGGUCCGUUCAUUGCUGGCUUCAGCGAUAUUUUCCGAGAGUGGAUCCGCAAAGCAAAGAGCGUCUAUAUCGACUACGCUGCACACUUUCCCGCUGCCAACUAUUAUGUCCGCAAGGAGUCCGAGCGCAACGUGCAUUUUAAAGCAUUCUUGAACUCCGCGCGCGAUCACAAGUUGUCCCAUCGAUUAAGUUGGGACACUUAUCUGAAAUCCCCGAUCACGCGAAUCCAGCGAUACACUCUGCUGUUAGCUACCGUCCAUAAGAACAUGCCCAAAGACUCCGAAGAAAAGACCAAUUUGGCCCAAGCCAUCGAUGAAAUCAAGAUUGUCGCAUUGGAAUGUGACAACAAAGUUGGCGAGAUGAACAAGAAAGCCGACUUGAUGGAGCUCUCGGCCAAGCUACAGCUGCGACCAGAAAUGAAGAAGGAAGUUGAGCUCAACCUCGAGCACCUGGGCCGUGAAGUCAUCUUCCGAGGUGAUCUUCAGCGCCCAGGAACACGGACUCGAUUCCUCGUCGACACCCAUGCUAUCCUAUUUGACCACUAUUUCGUUCUUGCCAAGUCAUUUACCACCCGUGACCCAUCGCGCACGGCCAAGUACGAACGGUAUGAUGUCUCGAAGUUGCCCAUUCCGAUGGAUCUGCUGGCGUUGGAAAGCACCCGCGACGAUCCCGUUGUGAAGUCAUCUGUUCGUGGGGUAUCAACAGUGACUCAGGCCCAAGGUAGCAUGAGUCCCCUGACGCAUAGUGGCGCUCCCACGAAUGGCCCUACCGCAGUUCUGGACCCCAAAGAUGACAAGAUCCUUUAUCCCUUCAAGAUAAAGCAUCUUGGCAAGAACGGCACAUACACUUUGUACGCCGCCUCUGCGCAGAGCCGUAAGGAAUGGUGCGAGAAGAUUAUUGAGGCAAAGACCAAACACGCUGCAGCUCUAUUCUCACAGAAUGCCGAGCCUUUCCGUCUGCGUGUUCUUGCAGAUACUGCAUUUGCUUAUUCCGACCACACGGCUGGUUCGAAGAGCGUGACCAUCAAGGGAACCCCGCUGAAUCGUGCUAUCAAGGAAGUGGAGAAAAAGUAUGCAGAUUCCGGGCCUCGACCUCCGCCUGUCUGUAAGACUGGUGUGAACUGUGCUACGGUAUUCCAGCAGCCUCCGGGUCGAAUGAUGUGCGCAAUCGGAACGGAUUACGGCGUUUACAUGUCUGAUCUUAGUAACCCGCGCGGUUGGUAUCGGGCCAUCCCUAUAAUGCGGGUAACACAGGUCGCCGUGUUUGAAGAAUUCAAUCUAUUCUUGCUUAUUGCCGACCGCUCCUUGAUUGCCUACCAUCUCGACGUGGUAUGUCCUGCUAGUGGGGUAGCCCAAUCGCAAGAUUCCGCCCGCCGAGCUCCUCAGAAGCUAUCCGGCAACCGCGAAGUGGGCUUCUUUGCCGCAGGACGCAUGAAAGACCGGUACCUGGUCUUGUACAAGAAACGAGACGGUCUUUCCUCCACAUUCAAGGUCCUCGAGCCCAUCCUUCAAAAAUCCUCAUCCAGCAAGACACGCCUCUUCCAAUCUCGCCGCUCUCAAACCGAGUUCUUCCGCGAAUACGACGAGUUUUACAUCCCUGCCGAAAGCUACGGCAUCAACAUGUUCCACUCCUCCCUGGCUAUCUCCACCCAACGUGGCAUCGAAGUCCUCACCCUGGACAAAAAGCAGUCCUGGUCCGUCCCCGACUUCCGUUCCGAAUCCCAAGAAGCCCACGAUACCCUGUAUAGCAUCUCCCACCGCAUUCAAGGCCUCCGGCCGCUCGGCAUGUUCCGUCUCAGCGACAGCGAGUUCAUAGUCGCGUACCAGGAAUGUGCUGUGUACGUCAACAAGCACGGCGACGUCUCUCGCAGCGUGGUCAUGGAGUUCGUCGGCAGUGCACACACUGCGUGUCUGUAUGGCAAAUUCCUCAUCCUCUUCAAUGACGACUUCGUCGAGGUUCGUAACGCUAUGAACGGUCGCCUCAGACAAGUCAUCCCCGGCCACGGCGUUGUCUGUUUGGAUGAUGGCAGCAAAUUGCCUGGAUCAUUCGGUCAGGCUACUCCAUCUUCCAAUAUGAGUGGCUUCCCCGGCUCCAAUGGCACCUCUUGUAGUGACGCUGCACACACAGUCAAGAUCUGCAUGCAGCACCCCGAGUACGAGCGCAGCCAGAUCGUCUUGGAGUUGGUUGAGAACGAGGGACAGAAGGACUAA